AGAUUUGACUUCUAGGUGCCAGGUAGCAUCCACCAUCCACAACACUCAAUAAUAUAUCAUCACACUUGCCUACACAUUACCUAUUCCCUAGAACAACGAUCUAGAACAUCCUCUAGUACUAUAUCCUCUACAAUAGCGACAUGGAGUCGAUACUUGCACCUGAUCUCCGAGAUUGGCUUAAGCUUACCGGCUGGCAUGACAUUGACUACCGUGAGAAGAAGCUAGCCGAAUACCGAAGCACUGAUGCUGGAGAGCAGAAGCAUCAAAUGGCCAAAGCCGAGCGUACUGAUGCUGGGAAGAACGAUCGUGGCUCUACUGGUAGUACCGAAGCGCAUCGUCACAUUGGCAGCCGCGUUGGUUAUCGCGACCCCGUUGUUUCCAAACCACGGGCCCGGUCAAUCUCACCCUACCAUCGAGACCCUGACAGAUACCGUAUUCGCGCUUACCCACGAUUCCGCGAUGAUGACUAUGAUCGUCAAAUGGCACCUAGAGGACCGCCCCUCCACUACAUUACUCGUCCAACCCGUGAUCCUGCACACUUUACCGACCGAAUCGAGAAUUAUGACGGCCCAAACAGAGACCCGGUAGACGACCAACGAGAUUUAACUCGAGAACUGAUGAACCUCCGCUCCCCUUCGAGGCUAGUUCUCAAAGACAAAGGUGAGGUGUGCUUCUUUGUGAUGAAAUCAUACUGCUGGUCUCACGUAUACGACUCGAUGGAGGAUGGGCUAUGGGCUACUCAGCAUUCCAGUGCCGAUGCCAUCAGCAAAGCCUUCUCUAGUGGCAAGAUGGUGGUGUUGUUCUUUGCUGUCAAUAAAUCCCACGGCAUGCAGGGCUACGCGCUCAUGAAAUCUUUGCCGUCGGCUGAUAUUCGCCACCCUAGGUGGUGGUAUGGAGUCAGAUGGCAGAUCUCCGAGCCCUUCCAGGUCGAGUGGAUGAAUACGAUGCACGUUGACAGCAAACACAUACUCCAUAUCAAGAAUAAUCUCAACGAGGACCUACCAGUCACACGAGCGCGAAACUGUCAAGAGAUCGACGAAAAUGCUGGCCGAGAGAUGGUGCGUAUCCUGGAGAGUCGUGGUAUCGAGGAAUACAAGCGAGCGAAGCAAAGUGGUUCUCUUUCUAGGCAAUAAGCAGUGUCGAAGUGCCGUUGUCCUUGGCCCAAAUUUCUCGCAAGGAAUGCCCUUGGACUUGAUUCUUAUUCUCAAGCUAGCUAGGAGAUGCCAACAAUAGGUGUGUAACGGAGUUUUUGGAAGUUUCGAGUCAUUCUUUACCUUUAUCACGCCAGAAGGGGGGAUAAGAGACAAGAGAGGUUCUUUUAGCCUUUGAUAUGACGAUUCUUAUCUCCUCGCUUGCUAUGAUACUCGUCUAUCAUAGAGCAAUCAGGUCAUUGAAGCACCGGUUACUCUAUGUAGUUUAGACGAUAUACGCAUGCCGUCAUAGGUAUUCUGUUCUAUUCAACUACAUGGAGUUCUGUGAAACUUCUCUAGACUGAGGAUUUCCAACUAUUGCCUACAGGACAAGGCGUUGGAAUAUCACGUGGGAUAUCCCUAAUACUAGACAUCUGGGGGAAACGACACCCAAUUUGGCAGGUAGUUAGGGAAGAUCGGAUGAUCACCAUGAUACAAGGAUGAUAGAUCGCAUCAUAGUAAUCGGAGAUUUUUCUUACACUCUA